AAAUCACAUGAAAUUUAACAUGGGGCUUUCAAAAUUCAGACUCAACAUUGGCCUUUUGGGCCAGGAAGUUAGGCCCAUGACGUUCAGUCCAGUUAGAUUGAGAGGACCGCGUACUCCCGCGCAACACUGAAUCAUAGCUCCUCUGGUUUUUCCCGCCAUCUUGCCUAGUCCCAGUCUUUGCCCUAUCCCGCCAUUUUUAACCACAACUCUCUCUGUCAUCGCCUCCCUUGUUCACUUUCCGCUCUCUGUCUCACUCUUCGUGUUCCUUCACUUGGCUCUCUCCGAGGGACUCUGCUAAAAAAUGACUGGAGACGAAGUUUCCAAAGGCAGCGAUGACAUGAUGAUUGACGAAUAUGAACAGAAGCAAGGGAAUGUGGUUCCUGAUGGAUUUAACUCUCAUUAUCUCAAAGUUUACUAUGGAAAGCUCUUUCCAUAUGCGGAUAUUUUUAAAUGGAUGUCCUAUGGAAAUGAUGGGAAGCAUCCUGUGUGCGACCAGUCCUACUUUAGCCGGAGAGAGUUCUCUUUCACACUGGAUAAUGAGGUUUAUCUGCGGUUCCAGUCUUUCAACUCUAUGUCUGAGCUUGAAAAUUCGGUGAAAGAAAAGUGUCCAGUCAAAAUAGAUAUUGGGCCUGUGUACAGUGUUGAUCCUUCAAAGAGGCAUGCAUAUGCUCAGAGUGGCGAUAAUGUUUUCACCCCAGUGGAGAGGGAGCUGAUUUUCGAUAUAGAUAUGUCAGAUUACGAUGAUGUUAGAUACUGCUGCUCAGGAGCUGAUGUUUGUUUGGAGUGCUGGCCGCUUAUGACAAUUGCUGUCAAAGUUAUUGAUACUUCCCUUAGAGAUGACUUUGGUUUCAGUCACAUUCUCUGGGUAUAUAGUGGAAGACGUGGUGUUCAUUGCUGGGUUUGUGACGGGAAAGCAAGAAGGCUGACAAAUGAACAGAGAGCAGCUAUUGCUGACUAUUUUCGUGUCUAUAAGGGCAAUGAAAACAGUCAUAAAAAGGUUUCUUUUACUGGUCUUGCUCUCCAUCCGUUCCUUGCGAGAUCUUAUACUGAAGUUCUUAUGGAUUUCUUUGAGAGGAAAUUGCUUUUGAGUCAAGAGAUAUUUUCAACUGAGGAGAGAUAUGAAAAGAUCUUAGAUAUGAUUCCUGAUCCUGAUCAAUCUAUUACUUCUGAGCUGCGUGGGAAAUGGCAGGAAAAGAGAAGAACCGCUAAUUCAAAAGAUGACAUUAAUGUUGUUAGAUGGGAGCAGCUGAAAAACAUGCUGCAAUCUGGAAAACAUAAGGGACUGCGCAGGUGUGUUGAAGAGAUUGUGUUCUCUUUUACCUACCCUAGGCUUGACAUGGAGGUUUCAAAACAUAUGAACCAUUUGUUAAAGGCGCCAUUCUGUGUACAUCCAAAAACAGGUCGUGUCUGUGUUCCAAUCGAUCCAAACCGAUGUGAGGAAUUUGAUCCCACGGCAGUACCAACCCUUUCCAAUCUUUUAGAACAACUCAAUAUUGGAGGUUUAAGAGCAGAAGUUGAUAAUGAGUGGGACAGAACGUCACUUGGAAAAUCAAUAAGGUUUUUCAGAUCGUCAUUUUUGCAGCCUCUGCUAAAAUCUUGCAAGGAGGAGAUGGAAAGUUCAUACAAUGCGAAACUGCAGCAGUCGAAGAACUCCUUUAGUUGGUAAAACUGUUUGCUACAAUACAAUUAUAAUUCAUCUUGUGGAAUUGUCCCAACUUUCUGCAGUCCAGUUGAUGUGAAGUUAUAUUUUCAAAAGACAAUCAGGAUUUAGCAACGUACUGACAUCUAUUUGUAAAUGACAUGACACUUUGUUCACCAAACAGCACACAUGUAUCUUUUUUCUUUUUUUUUUAAUAUUAAAUAUUCCUGUUGCAAUUAUUCUUCA